AUGGAGAAGGUUUCCAUCGCCACUGCCAGAAUGAGCAUUGUGCGCUGCUGCUUCGCCUGGGUGGGGAUUUUUGCCUUCCUUUCUCUUCUACAUUCAGCCACUGCAGGCGCGCAAGUGGUGGCGCCGUGGUAUCGAAUCAACUACAACACUCCAGCGUACGUACUCUACAAGCCGCAGGAUGUAGCGCAGUACGCUAGUUCUCGAACCGCGGCAAACGGGUACUGCGUGCAGAAUGGCAUGAGCAUCUUUUCUGCUGAGCUACCUGACAAGGAUAAUAAUUUUGCAUCAGAGACGGCGAAGGAGCUCGGGGGUACGGGCUACUUCACUUACACAGGCUCCAGCGCAGAACCUCUCCCAGCUUUUGCCCAAUUUUGUACUCAGUUGCAACCAGACCAAAAUGUCGCUCCGAACUCGGCAAAGUGCGGGUUCACCUUCCGAUAUGGUCUUCUGACCAUCGUCGAUACUAUCUUGCUGGGGAAUCAGCCUGGUGUGGCGCAGUAUUAUUCACUGUACCCAAACUUGUGGGGGGCCGGGAAUGCGAACACUGGCUACCCCGUUGAGUGGGACACGACAAACCCGAAUCCCCGUGGCUACUAUUUUAUGGCGGUGACUGGGUUGACCGACACAGUCGGCAAGCACGUUAACGUGGAUGCGACUGUGUCGGCAAGUGAUACCUACGUCACAGUAUCGAAGUUCGCAAUCUACUGCGAGUCGCAGAGCUUUUUGGGCUACCUUCCAGUUUCUACUGCAUUGGUGCAGCCUCGCUUCGUGAAGGGUUACAAGGAGCUGACGUGGGCCCAAGAGCACUGGUGGGUGAUUUUUCUCAUCCUCGCUGCUAUCAUUCUGAUUGUGCUAUUCACAGUUCUUGUUUACUGCUGCCUCACCAUGACGCCACCGAAAGAGGAGAUUCCAAUAGUGCCGAUGGUGCUGCGUGAGCGCAAUGGAUCCGCGUACGUGAACGCGUUGGACAAUGAGGCGUCUUCGAAGCCGUGCGGCGUCUCCAACAUGUCGAAUAGGUCAGCUCUGAAGAACUCGCAGCAAGGCUCUGGUAUCUUGAUGCCCAUGCCGGUGGUAGACCCAGAGAGCCUUGUCCGGGCAUUGCCGUCCAUCUUCGUCCGGAAGGACACGUUGCAGACCACUGACGGGGACAGCCUGGCCUUGGAGAACGAAGACAACAAGGUCAACCGGAGUGAGACGAGCUAG